AUGAACGGCUUCGUGCAGGUAAACGGUGCCUCAAACGGUACGGCCAAUGACAUGCCAAAUGGCAUACCAAACGGCAUAUCAAGAGUCAACGGAGCUUCUGAAGGUCAGCCUCUGGACCUUACAGUCCUGGGCUUGAACAGCGGGACGUCAAUGGACGGGAUUGACUGUACACUAUGCCACUUCUACCAAGAGCACCCGGACGCGCCAAUGCACUUCGAGCUUCUAAAAUACGGCGAAAUCCCUCUCGAGCAGACCAUCAAGAAGCGCGUCAUGGACGUCAUCCUCCACGACCGCGCCUCCGCUUCCGGCCUCUCAGAAAUCAACGUCCUCCUCGGCGAGACCUUCGCUGACGCGGUCCAUGAAUUCUGCAAAGAGCACAAUGUCGAUAAAUCGAGCAUCGAUGUCAUCGGCUCGCACGGCCAGACCAUUUGGCUGCUCUCGAUGCCGGAGCCAGGCCAGACGAAGAGCGCGCUCACCAUGGCCGAAGGCUCCUUCCUUGCCUCCCGGACGGGUAUUACCUCCGUUACCGAAUUCAGGGUCUCGGAUCAGGCCGCGGGACGCCAAGGCGCGCCACUGAUCGCAUUCUUCGACGCGCUCCUAUUGCACCAUCCGACUAAGCUCCGAGCAUGCCAGAACAUCGGCGGCAUCGCAAACGUGUGUUUCAUCCCGCCCGACAACGCCGGCGGCGUGGACGAGACGUACGACUUCGACACAGGCCCAGGCAACGUCUUCAUCGACGCCGUGGUGCGGCACUAUACCAACGGCGAGCGUGAAUACGACAAGGACGGCGAGAUGGGCAAGCGUGGGACCGUGAACCAGGAGCUUGUGAAUGAGUUCCUGCAGCACAAGUACUUCAAGCUCGAUCCGCCUAAGACGACGGGGCGCGAGGUGUUCCGCGACACGCUUGCGUUCGAUCUGAUUAAGAAGGCCGAGGGGCUCGGCAUGUCGCCUGACGAUGUUGUUGCGACUGUUACGCGCGUCACUGCGCAGGCUAUCGUGGACCACUACCGUCGGUAUGCGCCCAAGGGCAUGGAGAUCGAGGAGAUCUUCAUGUGCGGCGGCGGCGCGUACAACCCGAACAUCACUGAGUAUAUCCAGAAGCACUAUCCGAAGGCCAAGAUUAUGAUGUUGGAUGAGGCUGGUAUUCCGGCGGGCGCGAAGGAGUCGAUCACAUUUGCGUGGCAGGCGAUGGAGGCGGUCGUUGGAAGGAGCAUUCCUGUGCCCACGCGGGUCGAGACAAGGAGAGAGUAUGUACUUGGGAAGGUGUCGCCGGGAGAGAACUACAGGAAAGUCAUGCGUAAGGGCAUCUCGUUCGGUGCGGGUAAGGAUCAUCUUACCCCGGUCAAGGAGAUGGUCAACUACAUCGACGGCAAGGUGUUCAAUAACAAGUGGUAA